AUGGUGCACACUCCUAUGGGCAACGUAACCGACCAGGCGUUUCCUCCUCGUCCUAGUGAUGCAUCCUCAUGCUCUUUUCAUGUUCCUCAAUCUGGUACUACAUGUACGACUAAACCACAGAAAUACAUGGUACUGGAAAGCACGACCACGAACUACCCAUUACGUGAACACUGGGACGAGAGUGUUGGUCACGGUGGGCGUCGGCUUCUUCGCACGUUCCAGCAACAUGCUUUGCAUUGUUUUUGCAACCAUAUGUCGCUGUGGGAACGUACACAGAAAGUCCAGCGUGAAGUCAAAGAUUCAAGUGUCUUUUAUUGGCAGCAUUUGCUCAUUUUUCAACGGGAGAUUCUAUGUGGUGUAGCUGCUAUGCUCUUGAUGAUGCCAGAGACCGUAGCAUUUAGUUAUGCCGCCAAUUUAGAUCCAUUGAAUGGAUUAUAUGCUACAGGUUUUCUUGGGAUUGCGAUAAGUCUAUUUGGUGGUGUUCCAGCUACGGUAGCAGGUGCUGCAGGAGCUGUAGCUAUGGUCAUGCCUCCUAUUACCAGUGGUACAGGAUCUUUAUCGUACUUGACGUACGAAAAACGAUUGCAGCAUUUAUUUGUUGCUGUGACCAUUGCGGGAAUACUGGAGCUUUUCUUUGGAAUCUUGGGCCUUUCCAAACUCUUUUCGAUGAUCCCUCGGACAGCACACAUUGGAUUCUUAAAUGGCUUGGCUCUUAUGAUGUUUAUUUCACAAAAGACAACUCUUGAAGAAUGUAAGAAUGAUACGAUGCGUUUUGGAGAGUGUGAGAUUGCAGGUGAGCUCAAAUGGAUGAGCGUGUCUUCUCCGACAACGUGGGUCACGGUUGGACUCAUUCUUAUGACCAUGGCCAUCAUGCAUUAUUUUCCCAAGACGCCGUUUAUAGGCCAUUUGAUCCCGCCAACGCUUGUGGCAACAGUGAUUGGUGUAGGAUUCGAGUUUGUCAUUAAUCGUCCAUUACUUGGAUAUGAUGUACGUACGAUCGGGGACACAUCUCCAUUGAACGGCGGUCUGCCGACUUUUGGUGUUCCCAAAUUUGGAGAUGUCCAGGACUGGGGAGUUGUGCUUUCCACAGCGGCGAGUUUUAUGGCAGUCGGACUUUUUGAGUCACUCAUGACACUACAAUCUGUUGUCGAUCUGAAAAAGGAGCAGUUGUCACAGAAAGCCACAAGCAAGGAGUGUAUUGCGCAGGGCAUUGGCAACAUUUUGUGUGGUUUCUUUUCCGGUAUGGGAGGCUGUUCCAUGAUUGCACAGUCUAAUGGAAACGUGCUGAAUGGUGCUCUUUACCGUCUGUCGUCUUUUACGGGUGGUAUGUGCACGUUUCUCGUCGUGUUUUUCGCCAGCUCGGUGAUUGAGCAAGUGCCAGUGGCAUGUCUUACGGGAAUUCUUUUCGUGAUUGUCAUCCACACAUUCUGCUGGCCGUCAUUAAAACUCAUCUUUCGCGUCAAGAUCGAAGAUGCCAUUGCAAUCAUCCUCGUGACCGUGCUUGCUGCGGCGAUGAACCUUGCCAUCGCCGUCAUCAUUGGUGUUAUCUGGCAGUGUCUGGUUAAUGGAUGGCAGAGUGGUCGCAAACUCACAUUUCGCACGGGUAUGGAAGUUGUGCCAGUGGUCAACGCACAUGCCGACCACGAUUUGGCUAUGCUUCCCGAGGAGGCCAAGAUAUACUUCCUACAAGGCCAGCUUCUCUUUUCAUCCGUGGCUUUUUUCCGCGAGUUCUUCGACGUUCUCCACGACCCGAAUGUCGUUAUCUUGGACAUGCGCGACUGUGUUUUUGUCGAUUUCUCGGCUGUUGCAGCCUUCCGUGAAGCUGCAGAACGCUACCGUGAUGCAGGAAAGACGCUUGUGGCUCGUAACGUCGAUUCGCAGUCGCUGAAUAUGUUGAACCAUGAUUUUGGUUGGGAUUCGGUUACACACAUUCAAAUCGCGACACCAGAUAGUGUCAAUAAUACUCCCGAUGAACUCGUCAAGAGCACAAUUGACAAAGAGCGCCCGCUUCGUCACUCUCAGGGACCGCUCCACCAAUUGCACGUCCCGUCACCGAACGAAAUGACGACAUCAUACCACCCCGCUGGACCAUAA